AUGGCAAUUUUAUCCCUGCUGGCUUCCAUCUUUGGAGUGCUGCUUCUCUACAUAUUCGGGGUCAUCGUCUACCGCCUGACCUUCCAUCCCCUCGCCUCCUACCCAGGACCCUUCCUUGCAAAGAUCACCGACAUUUAUCUAGCAUACUAUGCCUACAAAGGUUCCCGGCACCUUGCUUUCCACCGCGCACACGAGCAAUACGGACCUUACGUGCGCCUUGGACCUAAUCUGCUUUCCGUCAACACCGCCACUGGUCUCAAGACUAUCUAUGGAUUCCGAUCAAAUGUCAAGAAGGCAUCUUUCUACCAUGCAUUUCCCAGCACACCAAAGGCCGUUAGCGUACAUAGCGCAGUCGACAAAAUGCAGCAUGCGCGCAAGAGGCGAGUCAUGAGCCAUGCAUUCAGUGACUCCGCGAUCAAGAGCUUAGAGAAAUACAUCCUGGCCAACGUACGUGUCGGUUGCGAACUGCUUGGACGCAAGAGCAACAACUGGUCCGCUGAGAAGGGCUUAGCCGACGAGAAAGAUGGUGGCUGGAACGACGCGUGGAAUGCUGCACAUUGGUGCGAGUGGUUAGUUUUCGACAUCAUGGGUGAUUUGGUAUUUGGCAAAGCUUUCGGCAUGUUGGAAAGCCCUGUCAAUCGGUUUGCGACACAGCUGGUUGGUAACGCGGCACACAGGCAUCUCAUCUGUGGAACGCACCUUACCAUCCACAACUGGCAUUUGGACAAGCUCUUCUUCCGUAAAAUUGCAGGCCAACGAGCGCAGUACAUGCAGUACAGCAAGGGCCAAGCCAUGGAGCGCACGAAGUUGGGCGUAGAUGUCGACCGUAAAGACUUCUUCUACUACCUUCUUAACGCGAAGGAUCCGGAAACCGGCAAGGGCUUCAGCAUGGAUGAGCUUUGGGGCGAGUCAAAUCUGCUGAUCAUCGCGGGUUCCGAUACGACCUCGACAGCAAUGUCUGGUGCCUUCUUCUACCUCGCACACAACCCUUCAGCGAUGCAAAAGGUCUGCAAAGAAAUUCGGGAAGCUUUUGCUGAUGUUGAAGAGAUCGUGACUGGACCCAAGCUCAGCGGCUGCUCAUUUCUGCGCGCCUGCAUUGACGAGACCAUGCGUAUGACACCCCCUGUCGCUGGUGCUCUCCCACGAGAAGUGCUCUCGGGUGGUAUGGACAUUGAUGGUCAUCAUAUCCCCGCCGGCGUCGACGUGGGCGUUCCUAUCUACACGAUCCAUCACAACGCCGAUUACUUCCCUCAACCUUUCGAUUUCAUCCCAGAGCGGUGGCUUUCUGAUCCUUCCGCAAACCCGCUUCACAGCAGCCUUCAGGCAGCGCAGUCAGCAUACAAUCCCUUCAGCAUCGGUCCCCGUGGAUGCAUUGGCAAGGGUCUAGCGUAUGUUGAGCUGACGGUGACGAUCGCAAGAGUGCUUUUCUUGUAUGAUUUGAGACUAGCACCGGGCACAACGUUGGGUGCUGGAAGCAAAGAUUUGGAAGUCGGAAGGACCAGGGCAUCUGAAUAUCAGAUCAUGGACGUAUUCGCAAGCAAGAAGGACGGACCAAUCCUACAGUUUAGGGCUAGAGCAUAG